UUUAACUGCAGAAUGAGGAUUCUUAACAUGCUUAAGGAAAACAUUGAUAUUUUGAUCUGAUAAAACUAAUUCGUUCAAAUGAAAGGAGUAACGUCAUUUUGUAUCUUACUAUAUGUGACGUCAAUACGCUCUUGGUCAAUGGAUGACGUAUGUGAAGCCGAUGAUAUCGAAUGUCAAAAUCCGCAAAUUUCUAACCAAGGGGAAAUAAUUUAUGGCCAAUGUUAUCGCCAUGCUGCCUUACGUAGAUUACCGAGAAUCAGUUUUCUUACUUGUCUUAAAGAAUGUAUGAAAACGUCUACGUGUUCGAGUGUUAGUUACAGACGUGACUGGAAAAUGUGUGAUUUAAAUGGAAAUAUAAACCUGGAAGUGGAACUGGUACAAGAACAUGGAUGCUUUACGUCAAAGAUAUCUUCAUGGUCAAGGGCACUGGUUGGGAAAUGUGCUGGACAUAUUUGUUCUGAUGGAUACAAAUGUGUUCUGAAGGGAGAUGGACUGACAUGUGAAAAAGCGUAUUGUAUCGGAAAACCCAGAGUUGUAGAAAAUGCUGUGCUGGAUGAACCAUUUGGACUUUCUAGAGACCUAGGACACGGCAUGAUGUAUAAGUGUGCUGAUGGAAUGAAAAUGUCUGGGAAACCUUUUGCCGUCUGUCGUGAUACUGGAAUAUGGACAUCUUUGUUUAUUUGUGGAGAAGGAUCUAUUGUGUCUAAACUCAAGACAACAGGAGAGAGUACUAAUUUGCCACCUUACACACCAGGACAUGGGGUUGAUGGAAUUAAAGAACGUAGCAAUAUGUUCCAUACUACUGCUGAAUUCGAACCUUACUGGUGGGUCGAUCUCGGCAAUGUAUACAAGAUACAGAAGGUGAUCAGUACAAAUAGGAUAGGUUGUGGGUACCUCUGUGAUGGUCGACUCAGAAAAAUGCUUAUUCAUGUCGGUGACAGCUUAAAUACAUCUAACAUGGUGCUAUGUGGUCAGUUUAUUGGUAAUGCAGUAGAUGCACAAGUCAUCGAAACACAAUGUUCCUCACUUCCGGAAGGACAAAAAGUUAAAUUAACGAGUGUAGAAAAUGGACUACAUUUUUUUCAUCUUGCUGAAGUUGAAGUGUACGGUUUUAACAUGUGACUUUGUUUAUCUUAUUUAUUGCAAAUCUUUUACAGCUGAUAAUCAAGAUAUUGAACUGUAACCAUAACAUUGCAGUUUUGGCAAA